CAUGUUUCCGAGGGCAGGGCUAGAAAUAUCUGGAAUUCCGGUUCCGUUCCAGGAAUUUUUCACAAAUCCUACCGGAAGGGGUCAAGAAAUUAAACCCUUUUUUAUUUAAAAGUCAUAUUUGUUGUUUGAAUAGACCGUGUUAGUGAUGGCGUCCCCCCCGCCGAAAUCUCCGACUUCUCCAACUCCACUGUCCCCAAACUUCAGGAAGAAAGAUGAGAGUUUCCUGGGGAAACUCGGAGGAACUCUGGCCAGAAGGAAGAAGGCGAAAGAAGUGUCAGAGUUGCAGGAGGAAGGCAUGAAAGCUAUAAACCUGCCCCUAAGUCCCACACCGUGCGAGAUGCAUCCAGAAGACACCAUGCUGGAGGAGAACGAGGUUCGCACCAUGGUGGACCCCAACUCCAAGAACGACAGCAAACUUCAGGAGUUGAUGAAGGUGCUGAUCGACUGGAUCAAUGAUGUGCUGGUUGGUGAGAGGAUCAUCGUUAAGGACCUGGCAGAGGAUCUGUACGAUGGACAAGUCCUGCAGAAGCUGUUUGAGAAGCUGGCGGGAGAGAAGCUGAAUGUGGCAGAGGUAACGCAGUCGGAGAUCGCUCAAAAGCAGAAGCUCCAGACGGUUCUCGAGCGCAUCAACGAGGUUCUCAAGAUCUCCACCAGAAACACCAAGUGGAACGUUGACUCUGUUCAUGCUAAGAGCAUGGUGGCCAUCCUGCACCUCUUGGUGGCGCUGUCUCAGCACUUCAGAGCUCCAAUCCGCCUCCCUGAUCACGUUUCCGUCCAGGUGGUGGUGGUUCAGAAACGGGAGGGAAUCCUGCAGUCUCGUCAGGUUCAAGAAGAAAUCACAGGCAACACUGAGGCUUUAUCCGGCAGACACGAACGUGACGCGUUCGACACCUUGUUCGAUCACGCACCUGACAAACUGAGCGUGGUGAAGAAGACGCUCAUCACGUUCGUCAACAAACACCUCAACAAGCUGAACCUGGAGGUGGCCGAGCUGGACACGCAGUUUGCAGACGGAGUGUACCUGGUGCUCCUGAUGGGACUCCUGGAAGGAUACUUCGUGCCACUCUACAAUUUCUUCCUCACCCCUGAAAACUUUGAGCAAAAGGUCCAUAACGUGUCCUUCGCCUUUGAGCUGAUGCAGGACGGCGGCCUGGAGAGACCAAAACCCAGGACAGAGGACAUCGUGAACUGUGACCUGAAGUCGACUCUGCGUGUUCUCUACAACCUCUUCACCCGAUACAGACACGUGGAGUGACGACGAGACACGCUGACGGACGUUUAGUCUGCGGUUCGCUUCGGGAGAAUCAACACUACAGGGGUUUAUCGUGGCCGUGUUGUGUUGUACAGUGAGCCGUGCGAUUGCAGUACGAACACUGUGUUGCAUGUUGCUUUUUUGGGUUUUUCGGGGUUUUUUUUUUUUUCAGUGGGGAAUUUGAACAUGGCCGAUUCUGCAGCAAACUUCUCACACUGCUGUAGCGUUCGCUUGCAGAAUCUCUUCAGCGUGUCGGGUUUCUUCUUCACUCCAAGGUGUCUGAAAUAUAAAUAUAUGUGAGCAGAUUUCCUGUGUGAUUUAGAAAACAGUGUUGUGUCAGUGUGUGAUUUUUAAUAUGGGAAACAUUUCAGGUCCUUUUUAUAAUUCAAGCUUCAGAGACUAUACACACAUCAGGUGUGUGUGUGUGCUUUUGUUUGUAUAGAUGUGGAUAUUUGUGCAAGCUCAUCGAAAAGUCUCUCAUCUUCAUCAAACUGACUACUGAGAUAAACUUUGACUGAAUCAGAUUUGACUGAAUAAAUAAACUUGAAAUGAUUUCAUAACCA